AUAUCACUCAUGAUCAUUCAUAACAUUUGUAUAGAAAAGUAAAACCAUUUGCAUAUGAAUCCAUUAGUUAUCUAGCAGCCGUCAUGACAUCUCUCUCUAAGCUCUUCAACCGUCUUUGCGGCAGAAUAAUAAUCCUAUUAGCAUACCUGCUAUUACAACUAAUCAUCUUAAUUAAGAAGCUAGAAUCAUCAUUUACAGGUCCAAUUGCAAAAUUACAGUACCUGAGAUUCAUCGAAGAGAAGAACCCAACGAUUCCGUACACAAAUGAGAUGAAACCACGUCACGUGCAGUGCACGGUGUGUUUGUCGGAGUUCAAGGAAGAGGAGAAAGUGAGGAGCCUUAAAUGCCAACACGUGUUCCACAGGGACUGCUUGGACACGUGGCUGCAAGAAUACCGCGCCACGUGUCCGUUGUGUCGGGUAAAAUUGUUGCCGGACGAUGUUGUCUCCAAGCGUCGUGUGCUUCGAAGCCAACUUGGAUCUGAUGUUAAUGGUGAUCUGUGGAAAGACCUUGAAGAAAGGUAUAAUCAUCAAAAGACGGUGAUACUUCCUCAAGCCCGAUAUGAAUGGACGCACUUGCAUCUACAUGACUUUAAAUCCAUAAAUGAAUAUAAUUCUGCAAUGUUUCGAAUCACCUCACGAUUGAAAUUAUUUGGGAAAAAGAUAUCUGAUAAUGAUAUGUUAGAGAAAACUUUCUCAACCUUCCAUGCCUCGAAUGUGCGCCUGCAGCAGCAGUAUCGAGAAAAAGGAUUUAAAAAGUAUUCUGAGUUAAUUUCUUGUUUUCUUGUUGCUGAACCCAACAAUGAGUUACUUUUAAGGAAUCAUGAAGCAUGCCCAGCUGGCGUCGCCCCAUUUUCUGAAGCAAAUACGGCAAAUCAUUACCCCAGAAGAGGUAAGUGGUAAUGUUUUGGUAGCAAGAAAAAUUAUGGAAGGAAUAAGAAUUAUGUUUACAAGAAAGGAACUCACCAGAAGUGGGAUAAAAAAAGAAACUCUGGUCAAUAUAAAUCAACAGAGGAUAAGUGUAAUACCCUCACUACCAGAAUGUCACGCUUCCGGCUGUGCUACUCUAAUAGAAAGAUGUAUUACGACCACUUUAUAUACUUAAUAUUAAAAUAGGAGCCUAUGACUCGGCACCGUAUCGCUGAUAUUUUGAAAAAUCGGAAAUAAAUACUUUACCUAAAAAAACAAACAGGCAUAGAUUCAUAUA